UUAAAACCCAAAAAAGAACCACGAAGUUGGGAUGCUUGACAAUAAGCAGUGAGUGUCACCUCUUGGGCUAUUAUAGCCCACCUUGGUGUUCCCUCCGCGAUUCUCCUCAGUUUUACUUUUUGUUCAUUCUUUGGCUACUUAGUUUUUACACUAGAAAGACCACAAUGUGCCUGCGGAUCACUGUUUUUUUGUGAGGGAAAUUUGUUUGACUUUUAUGGAGCAUAGAUGGAAGGAUAUACUAUAAAGGGAUAUACAGUAUUUUGAUGGGUAACAUUCUAAACAGACCUGAGAGUUUGAAGAAGAUAACUGGUGUAACACUAAAAAGUAACACUUUUGCUCACUAUUGGUAUGAUUAAAAAAAACAAAAACAAUAAUGAUAAUAUAUAAUAAAAUAUAUACUUUAUUUUUAUACUUGUAUUAUUCCCCAACACCAAACUGAUCCAAGCAUGUUUUUUUUGGGACCUUUGCACAAGCUGUAAGUGUAAAACUGUCCAAAAUGUCUCUGUAAGAUGAGUAAUAUGUAUUCAGGAGUCUAAUGUGGCCAACCGAUUGCUGACUGAUUGAUGAAUUGAUCAAACUAAAAUAUUACAUGCGCUCAUUUAACCCUCAUUUCUUUAAGCAAUCUUUUUUUUUUAUAUAAUUAUUUUUCAAUGAUAACAUUUCUGCUCAUUCACCUCAGCUGUAUCGAGCUGUAAACACAGACUGACUCCAAUCCCUCACGAGGGCUGUAACUCGGUUUUUGCUCACUUGUUCACCCCGCUGAAGCCCUUUUGUCAAGUAAUGUGGAGAACUGUGACAUUUGCUGAGCAGAGAAGUGCAAUUUGUAUGCAGCGUGAUUAGAUGAGGGUGGCAAUUUUCUGAGGCGCAUACUGGCCACUAAAGGAUAAUGUGUCCCCACUUCCUGAAAAUACUUGGAUUGUAAAAAUGUAUUAAAUUGCAUGGACAGAAGCUUCAACAUACAUGACAUGACCUGCAGAACAUAGUUACUCGUAGCACUCUUUUUUUGCGCAGAGCCGACCCGUUCGUUAGGCAAUAUAGGCUGAUGCCAAGGGCGUCGUGGCCUCCAGGGACUGCUAAAAUUGGAGAGAAAAAAUAAAAUAAAAAAUCACCUUUAAUAUACUGUAAUUAUAUCAAAACUAGUAAUUGCUUUUAACGCCUAAAGUGGAAAUGCUAACAUAGAUUAAACUGUAAAGCAAUGCCCACUUCAUAAUAAUACAAAUGAUAAUCCCAAAUAAUACCAUACCAAAUGAGAUAUAGUAAUGGAAUGUCGCAGUUGUACUGCGUCUGUCAUGAACGGAACAGAGGAUAGGACCCAAAAAUGCAGGACUCCAAAACAAAUGGACAGUUUCAAAAACAGAGGUUUAAUAUAGGGGCAGAGGUCGGUACACAGGCAGACAAUCGAAAAAAGGCAACAGUAUCCAAAAACGUGAGGCAAAAAGGCGAGGUCGAUAAUAGGAACAGGGUCUAGUCUUACUGUGAGUCUUGAACGUGGAAACAAGGAAUGCUGGAAUGCGACGACAAGGUACAACGAACUGGCGACAAGAAAGAAUGAGACACGAGGUUAAAUGCAAAGGGUAAUUGGGGUGAACGAGGCACAGGUGUUGAAGAUGCUCUUAGGAGCAAGUGUGUAUGAAAAAGGGGGAAGACAAAAACCGGAACACACACCCAUGACAGUACGCCCCCCUUAACGGCCGGCCCCAGACGCCCCCGGAGCCCCUGGAUGCGCAACGUGGAAGUCCCAAUUGAGCGAGUCAUCCACGAUAAACGCAUACAGCACCCAUGAACGUUCCUCAGGCCCGUACCCCUCCCAGUCCACCAGAUAUUGUAACCCCUUCCCCCUCCAACGAGACGACAACAGUGAAGACAAGGCCCCCAUCCACGAACCGGGGGGGAGGAGGUGGCCUGGAAGGCAGGACGAGAGGGGACUCCCGGGCUGGCUUGAGCAGGCUGACGUGAAAAGCAGAGUGGACCCGCAUCGACUUUGGGAGCCUAAGCUUCACGGUGAAAAGGCAAUAGACCAGUGGAGGCAGAGGGGAGAGAAUUGUGAGAGAAUUCGACCCAAACCAGUUUCUGAAACCAGGAUCGCGGCUCCUGUGAAGCGAGACAUCGGAGGCCAGUCUCCAGGUCCUGGUUCAGCCUCUCGGUUUGUCCGUUGGUUUCACGGUGAAACCCAGAUGACAGACUGACGGUAGCACCUAUGAGAUUGCAAAACUCCUUCCAAAAUUGAGAUUGAGUCUUGGCAAUGCCUGGGUGACAUACAGUCCGGUUAGUGUGAGCCCAGUGGAUGACUCUUCCCCUUAAGGUCGGAACCACAUAAAGCGUGUUUUCAGGGCAAUUUUCAGGGCUAAGAGUGUUCUUCAGAGCCUCCUUUACCGCAGUCUCAAAGUCCCAAAGAAAAGCAGAAACGAAACAUGACUUGGGCAUCAAGGUUUUAGGGUUGGACAAAGAAUUCUCUGCGCAUAAAAUGCGCGAUAAAGCAUCAUAAAGCGUGUUUUCAGGGCAAUUUUCAGGGCUAAGAGUGUUCUUCAGAGCCUCCUUUACCGCAGUCUCAAAGUCCCAAAGAAAAGCAGAAACGAAACAUGACUUGGGCAUCAAGGUUUUAGGGUUGGACAAAGAAUUCUCUGCGCAUAAAAUGCGCGAUAAAGCAUCAUGCUUACCAUCUUCAGAACCAGGUCGGUAGGAUAACGUGAAAUUGAAUCUAGUGAAGAACAGAGCCCAUCUAGCCUGCCUCGCAUUUAAUCUCUUAGCAGUUUUAAGAUAUUCCAGGUUCUUGUGAUCGGUCCAUACUAAAAACGGAGUAUGUGCCCCUCUAGCCAGUGCCUCCACUCCACAAAAGCCACCUUGACUGCCAGCAGUUCACGGUCACCGAUGUCAUAAUUUCUCUCGGCUGGGGUCAGUUUUUUUGAGAGAUAAGCACAAGGAUGUAACAUACCAUCCUUGAGAGAUCUCUGGCAGAGCACUGCUCCUAUACCGGCAUCAGACGCAUCAACUUCUACCACAAACUGCUGUUUGAGAUCUGGCAAAGUGAGGAUGGGAGUGGAGGUAAAGCUCGAUUUAUGUUUUUGAAAAUCUGCCUGACAAAGCGGGUUCCAUAGGACAGGUCUGUGUGGCGAGGUAAGAUCAUGCAAAGGCGAGGCUAUAGAACUGAAAUUUCUAAUGAACUUUCUGUAGAAAUUAGCGAACCCUUAAGAACCUUGGUACGUCUUUGCGUGACGUGGGAGUGGGCCAAUUAGUCACGGCCUCAACUUUGCGAGGGUCCAUUUUGAUUUUAGCUGGAGCCAGCACAAACCCCAGAAAAGAAACGGACGCCUUGUGGAACUCACAUUUCUCCGCCUUGACAUAUAGUUAAUUCUGCUGUAACACAGAGCGGACAUGAAUGAUGUGAGUCUCCUCAUCCGGGGAGAAUAUCAAAAUAUCGUCCAAAUAUACAAAAACGUACACAUUCAACAUGUCACGCAAGACAUCAUUGCCAAAGUUCUGGAAAACAGCUGUAGCGUUAGUUAGUCCAAAAGGCAUUACCAAAUACUCAUAAUGUCCCGUUGGUGUGUUGAAUGCUGUUUUCCAUCCAUCCCCCUCCCUUAUCCUGACUAAAUGAUAAGCAUUUCUUAAGUCUAGUUUGGUGAAAAUCUUGGCUCCCUGUUUUUCACAGUUAUGUCAUUGAGACCCGAUGGGGAUGAAGAUGGGCGAAAAAUCCCAGCUGCCAGUGAUUCAUCCACAUACUCCUUUAUAGCCUUGUGUUCCGGCCCUGAAAGAGAGAAUAACCUCCCUCGUGGGGGUGUGGUUCCAGGCAGCAAGUCAACAGCACAGUCAUAAGAAUUGUGGAAGAGCGCCGUUUGUUCAGCUACCCAGAUGAACAACAGGAAGGAGGACAUGGAGAUCUCCUCUCACUACCGUCAGCUCCUCCGAGAGCUCAAUGAGCAGAGACAACACGGCAUCCUCUGUGACGCCUGUGUUAUCGUGGACGGAAAGAUCUUCAAGGCACACAAGAACGUCCUCCUGGGCUCCUCCCGCUACUUCAAGACUCUUUACUGCCAGGUUAAAAAAGGUUCAGAGCCUCACCAUCAGACUACAGUCACUCACCUGGACAUCGUGACCGCGACAGGCUUUAAAGCCAUUCUUGACUUCAUGUACUCUGCUCAUCUCGCCCUAACAAGUAAGAACGUCAUUGAGGUCAUGUCGGCGGCCAGCUACUUGCAGAUGACAGACAUCGUCCAAGCGUGCCACAGCUUCAUCAAGGCCGCCCUGGACAUCAGCAUCCGCUCUGAGAUGGCCGACGAACUGGCCGACUUUGAAAUGGGGGCCGUGGUCACCGCCGGCAUAGGAGGUGGCGGCGGAGGCGGCGGAGGAGGAGUUAGUCUAACCGGAGCAGGGGGAGUCGCCGGAGUGGGCUUGGGAGGAGGCGGGAUUGUAGGCAUGGCCUCGGAAGCCCUCGCCUCCAUCAUGUCCGGUCGCAGCACCUCCCCCUGGCUGGCACGCCGCACCAGCCCCGCCAACUCCUCCGGGGACUCGGCCAUCGCCAGCUGCCACGAGGGAGGCAGCACGUACGGCAAGGAGGACCAAGAACCCCCCAAGAGCCACGAGAGCCAGGAGGAAGCUUGCCACGACUCCCAGCCUGCUUGGCCGCAUGACUACAGGCCUGUCAGCGUCAAAGAGGAACAGGUGUCCCCCGCCUCUUCCUCGCAUCCCCGGGACACCCCCAGGGGUGCAGCCCAGAGCCAGAGGGAUCAGGUGGCAGGAGGCCCAAGUGCAGGUGCAGAUGGAUCCUGGCAGCCCUUAUCAGGAUCGGGGCGGAGGAAGAACAGGAAAAACAAGGACACAGUCAGACAUAUAACCCAGCAGGCUGAGAGGAACUGGGACAGAGAGCGGGAAAGGGACAGUAGGCCUGGAUCUCCUCUACCGUCCAUGCUAGCUGUGGCCGGCUGGAACUACAAUGGACAGGACAUCCCAGACGCAGACGUGACCAAGCCCAACAGCUCAGACAGCCGCGGCGAACGCCUAGACUUCUUCCUCAAACAGGAAGAUGCUCUCACGGCGGAGCCGGGCUUCCUGGGUCCCAACGAAUCAGAGGAGACGGGGGGAGGAGGACGAGGAGGAGGCGGUGGAAGCAGAGACGGCGGCCGCGGGAUGAUCUCGUCGGUCGCCAACCUGAAGGCGGCGCUGAUGAGUAAGAACAGCCUGCUGUCACUGCGGGCGGAGAUGAUGGGAGAUGAUAACCCCUUGCUCUAUGAGUACCUUCCCAAAGGAGGACACUCUUUGUCUUGGCUCCGCUCCGACAACUACCGCGGCACGCUCCGGCCAGGGGCCGCAGGGGCCACUGUUCAUAACAAACAGAGGACUGACUCCUCCUCUCCUCGUCCUCUUCUUCUUCCUCAUCAUCUACCACCGACACCGCCACCGUUACCGCCACCGCCAUCAUCAUCAUCAUCAACAACAUCGUCGUACCGUCCCUCCACUCCGCCCACUCCGCUGCUCCCCGCUGAGCCUCGGUCCCCGGAGACCCCCGGUUUGCGGGCAGGGGCGCCCCGGCUGCACACAGACACCUCGGACAUGGAAGUGGAGGAGACCCCCGAGGGCCCGGCGCCCUCCACCGUGUCUGAGGAUGAUGGCGAAAAAGAUAAAGAUGAGCUGAAAGAAUACAAUGCAGCAUCAGUAGGUGACGAGUCUCCUAUUGAGAAGAAUCAGAUGGCCAAAGCGACUUGCGCCGGUCCUCUGACAGUGCCUACGUCAGUGUUCGUGGCUUCCAGAGAGAUCGAGGGGCUGGCGGCGGUGGCCAAAGAGACUAAAUCGGGGGUCCUGCCAGAGACCGGUGCCUGGACCUCGCAGGGGUUUGCUUGCUCCCUGUGCAAGCGGCUGUUCAGCAGUCUGGAGUACCUCAGGGAGCACGAGUACCGCCACACUUUGUCUCUUAUGGCGAUGUCCCUGGACUGGCCGAGCGUGCCGAGUCCGUUCGCCCGGCCCGGCCGGUCCCGGUUUCUCCACUUCCCCCGGUCCCUGUAUGGCUCGGCUGCGGCCGGGCCCAGCCCGACACGCUACCUCUGUUCACAGUGUCCGGCGAGCUUCACCCUCAAGUCCAACGCGGACCGCCAUGAGAAGACCAUCCAUUUGAAGGAAAAGCUCAUGCAGUGCGUGUACUGCCUGAAGCAUUUUCGGGACCGCACGGACCUGCACCGGCACCUGUCCUCGGUGCACUCCAAAGAGAGGGGCCACGUCUGCCCGGCGUGUGCAAAGUCUUUCAGCACCCACAAGAACUUGGCCACCCACAUUAAAGUUUGCUGCCAGGUGGGCUCUGUGCCAGGUGCUGUGCUAGGGGGUAGCACUAGCAUGCCUCAAGAUGGUGAUCAAGUCCCUCUAUGGAGGCUUUCCGAAGAGAUGAAAGUUGAAAUUAGUAACUGCAGCAUUUUGGACGUAGAGAACUGAGAGGAUCUAGAGAGUGCAAUCUUAUAUUAACAGCCAGCAGUUGUUCACUUCACAUGUGCAUUCAUGCCAAGCAUGAUGAGAAGGCCUCCUUACAAAAUCGCUCCUUAUUUUUUGAAUACAAACUGAAUUCAAAAUUGAAAAAAUGUCUAUGCAAAGCUAGUUAAUUAGUUGAAGUCAGCCCCGAUAAUACACAUGUUUUGGUGCCGGGCAGUAACUUUUCAUUCCAACAAUUCAAAUUUGCCAGGCUGUGCUGGGGUUCAACGCCCUACGCAACAACAACACCUGCAGGACAUUGGCUGCACUGCACCCAUUUGCUCUUUUCACCUCACAAGUAUUUGAAACUAAAAAGAUGCUUUCAAACUGUACAUUCACAAGACUGCUAACGUCUGGCCCGUCCACCUCCAGGUACACGUUUAGCAUUAGCUUAUCCUCUGUCACCAUAACAACCUGAGCUCGUCCCCAUCCCACAGUGCAGAUGGAAAGGCUGUGUUGGACAGGACAAAGCAGACUAAAACAAUAGGUCAGUUGUGUCAGUCAGCUGGGCGGUGUCAUUUUUUUCUCUUUCCCACAUCUGGAGGUUUUAAGCCACUGAGAGUGUCGAAAGAAGGCCAGUAAUUGGUCCUUUGUGGUAAUAGCCCUCCUUAACCCUUGACCCCUAAUCUAAAGAGGAAGUGGAGAUAGGGGGCAGGUGCCCUUUAAACACAAUAAAUUCAGUGACGUCACUGGUGCGGGAAGAUAAUGGUGGGCUCAGGACUAGAGGAAAGGAACUGGGGAAAUACGAGAACUGGCAGCAGGCGAUUGCAGCACUCGUUUUCUAAAAAAAAAAAUAUCACACCAAUUUCUGCCAGACAUUUUCUCCUCUGAAUUUACAGCAAGCAUUUACUCUGCAGCUAUAAAACAAAAUCUUGGGCCCGCCGCACACCGAGCGACACGGCUGAAGACGACUGAACUGCCACAUAUUGGGCGGGUUCCGCAAGUAGAAACCGUCCGCCACUAGUUUUGCUGCAAUUUGAACUUCCAGUGGCAACACGACCGUGUCGCAAUGUUGCGUUUUCUCCGGCGACUCCCGUUAGGUGUUACGUGUGACCGUGAGUGUGAAUAGUUGUUUGUUUAUAUGUGCCCUGUGAUUGGCUGGCAACCAGUUUAGGGUGUACAAAGAAUAGAUGAAUGGAUAGUUUCACAUGUGCCUGUGGCUAAAAAGUGAAGCGUGGAGAGUCUCUGUCACCGCAAUGCACGGUUGCAGCCAAUCGCCGAGAGCCUCUCAAAUACCCGCACUUCUUUAUUUUUCUUUUGUUUUUGUGGUUUAUCAAAAAAUGAAUAAUGCAGUAGAAACGUAAUUUCCCAAUAGGAACACCAGGGGUGCAGUUUUUACAUUGGAGCAAGUUGGUUAUCGUAUGCUCGCGGCAAUUUUGUGUGAUAGUCGCCGACUGCCUUAUUCUCGCGAGUGUCCACUUCAGCCGCGUUCGGGCCGCGUCGCUCGGUGUACGGCGGGCCCUGCUGAGUUCUCAUCUCGUCCACCAACACUGAAGGUAGAUGCGCAACCAAAAAGAGAAGCGUUUCCCUCUAAUUCUCUCUGCGUAACUGUGCUUCCACGUAUAGCCUUUCUCAUACCCGCCUCCCACAUGCCAAAUCCUUUCAGACACAAAAUCCCAUUUCUCAGGUAGCACACGCAGCUGCAACAGAUGGACGCUUAAGAGAAGUCAGGAUCUCCUCAGGAAGCACCAAAUACAGUAGUUGGGAUACACAGUUGAGUACAGUAUGUUGCUGUGUGUAUUCAGAUUUGUUUUUUUCUUUUGAAAAGGUUUCUGUAUAAUAACAUGUACUUUGCUAAAAAAAAAAAAAAAAAGAAAAAAAAAAAAUUUGAAAUAAAGUCUGAAUGCUGCGAUUCAAAUUUAAUAAAAUGUGGAAACUUAUCCGGUGUUUUUUUGUUGUUGUUGUUGGUGUCAUACACAAUUCAGUAGCACAAAAUAACAUGUCAAUCAAGCGUCUCGGGCUCUUUGUGUUCUUGCAUGUUUUUUUGUUUUGUUUUGUUUGUUUUUUUGUGUGUGUGUUUGUUUUUCUGCCCCACCCCAUUUUUGCUUGCUUUACUCACAGCAGAAGUCGUUGUGACGAUCGAGGUAAUCAUUUGAUGUCGUUUUAAAUGUGUCGUUGGUUCAGCGCUGCUUUUUAUUCAAUCGCCUCCAGUCCUGAGCUUUCAUGGUCACGCACUUACGUAUCACAGCACCCACACACACACACACACAACGUCACCUCUUUUAAGUACCAUUUAAGACUCGGCUGGAGACGUAAUCCUAGACUUUGCCUCACCUGACCUUUCCCUUAGAUGUGAAACUAGUGCAAACAUGAGUGCUUUUUGUUUUCCUCGAAUUCUUCCCUUUUGCGUGAUUUUUAUUUCCCCGCCGUCCGCCCCUGUGUUUAUGUCUGUGUUGUCUGUCGCAGAGACCUUCUAGAGCAUCUAAAGCAGACUGAAUGUAAUUCCAGUGUUUACGCUAUCGUUUUUCUUUUAGUGCUUUAGUAUAAAGGAAGAGCUGUUGCCAGGGCAACUGUAGCUUUGACUGAGAUCAGGGUGGCCAUGGGGAUGGAUGAUACGUUUUAUUGUCGACCACCCUGCUAAUUAAAUGUAAUAAUUGAAAAAGUGACGUCUGGGUUUAUUUAAAAGAGAUUCAUUCCAGUCCACGCUAAUCUUUUUUUUUCGUUACCUCUACCCCCCCCCACCCACCACCCCACCCCACCCCACCCCG